UGAUACAUUAUACCUAACUUAUUUCUCUCCUAUAAAAACCCUCUGCUCUGCCCUCUUUACAUAUCAAACUCUUGUAGUGUUGCAAGUUAGGACUACAUAUAGUUUUGCAUUCUUUUUAGUAAUAUAGGCCACCACAGCCAAAAAAUACUAUGGUGGCAAAAUUUCUCCUAUUCUUCCUCCUCUAUUGCACCACCGCCCUUGCUCAGGGUCCGGCAGCUGCUCCGGCACCAGCUGGCCCCACCAACGUUACGAAAAUCCUGGAAAAGGCCGGCCAGUUCACUGUCUUUAUUAGGCUUCUGAAAGCAACCCAAGAGGAUGUCACAUUGAAUGGUCAGCUCAACAACACUCAUAAUGGGAUAACCAUGUUUGCACCAAGUGAUAGUGCCUUUCAGAGCUUGAAAACAGGCACUCUCAACUCCAUAAAUGAUCAAGAAAAGGCUGAACUUGUGCAGUUUCAUGUCAUCCCAACAUAUCUAUCGAGCUCCCAGUUUCAAACUGUGAGCAAUCCUGUGACCACACAGGCAGGAUCAGGCGACAGAUUUCAGCUUAAUGUGACCACCACAGGAAAUGCAGUGAAUAUCUCUACAGGACUUACUAAUACAAGUGUAUCUGGAACUGUCUACACUGAUGGCCAACUUGCCAUUUAUCAGGUGGACAAGGUGCUACUUCCUAUAGACAUUUUUACCCCUAAACCUCCACCCCCAGCACCGGCACCGGAGAUUCCUAAGAAGAAGAAGGCUAAGAGUGCAGAGAGUCCAAUUGUUCCUAAGGAUAUUUCUGGAGAAGUAAGCUUUAUAGUGAGUAACAAUGUGGUUUUCUUUGGAGUUGGUAUAGUUAGUGCAAUACUUUCUUUGUGACGCAAAAGGCUUUUGAUGAGGCAUGUUGGGGUAAGGUCAGUUUCCCAGUGGUUUAUGAUUUUGCUGAGUUGGGUUGAUGAAUAUGGUGGUGAUGAUGAUCAAGAUAUGGUGAGUGCUUUUGUAUAAUUUUUUUUCCCCAAUCAAUUGUAUCAUUUAAGUUGGUGAUCAAGAUUGAAUUUCUAUGUUUUCUUUUUUCUUUCUAUUCUCUUGGGAUUUUAAUUAUUCCCAAUUUUCAUUUUCAUAUUUAAUGUUCUUUGAGAAUUUUGUAACUCAGUUAGUUUGAAAAAGAUUAUGCAUCAAUUGCCCUUUUUUUCCCAUAA